AUGGCGGCUGGAGGAGGAGGAGGCGGAGCCGGGGGCAGUAAGACGUACUCGUUCAAGGUGGUGCUGCUCGGGGAGGGCUGUGUGGGCAAGACGUCUCUGGUGCUGAGAUACUGCGAGAACAAGUUCAACGACAAACACAUCACCACCCUGCAGGCAUCCUUCUUAACAAAGAAACUGAACAUUGGAGGAAAACGGGUGAACCUUGCAAUUUGGGAUACUGCGGGACAAGAGAGAUUUCACGCACUUGGUCCCAUAUACUACAGAGACUCUAAUGGAGCUAUUUUAGUGUAUGACAUUACUGAUGAGGACUCUUUCCAAAAGGUAAAAAAUUGGGUGAAGGAACUAAGAAAAAUGUUGGGAAACGAAAUUUGUUUAUGUAUAGUAGGUAACAAAGUAGACUUGGAAAAAGAGAGGCAUGUCUCUAUUCAAGAAGCAGAAGCUUACGCAGAAUCUGUGGGUGCAAAGCACUACCAUACUUCAGCCAAGCAAAAUAAGGGAAUUGAAGAGUUAUUCCUUGAUCUUUGUAAAAGAAUGAUUGAAACGGCACAAGUAGACGAAAGGGCUAAAGGCAAUGGUCCCAGCCAGGCAGGAGGUGCAAGGAGAGGUGUACAGAUCGUAGAUGAUGAACCACAGGCACAGAGCGCUGGCGGAUGUUGUUCUGGAUAA